AAAGCCCAGAGGACACCCAACUCCUGCGCCAAAUGCAUGAAUUUCCUGCAAGCACUGUUCAGACCAGUUAUAGAAUAUUCAGAAAUACAGAAUCACACAUACUGCAGGACUUCCAGAAAGAAAUCAUCCAGUGACUCUUAAAAGUAAGGAACUCUGUGUUCUUACUCUGAUGUCUACAUAACCGGGAUCUUAUAAGUAAGCCAGAGACAUCAAAAUGGCUUUGCCUAGAAGCCAAAGCCAUUGGUCCAAUGCAGACGUCUUGAGGUUACUGGAAUGCAUGGAGAAUAAUCUCCCAUCUGAUGACAACGGCACGUUCAGCUCAACUCAGUCACACAUGGACUGGGGAAAAGUAGCUUUUAAAAACUUUUCUGGUGAAAUGUGCAGACUCAAAUGAUUAGAGAUUUCUUGCAGCUUGAGAAAAUUCAGCACUUUGAAAGAAUUAGUCCUGGAAGCUAAGAAAUGUGUUAAAAAUACAAACGAAAGCCAAAAAGGCAGGAACCAUCCAGACUUUCCAAAGAGGCCCCUUACUGCUUAUAUCCGCUUCUUCAAGGAGAAUUGGCCCCAGUACUCCCAAAUGUACCCUGGGAUGAGAAGCCAGGAACUGACCAAAAUCCUGUCAGAGAAAUACAAGGAGCUCCCAGAGCAGAUGAAACAGAAAUAUAUUCAGGAUUUCCAGAAGGAAAAGCAAGAAUUUGAGGAAAAACUUGCUCGAUUCAGGGAAGAACACCCUGACUUAGACCAGAAGGGCAAGAAAUCUGAUAUCUCCAAGAGAGUUCAAACCAAAGUGCAAAAGAAGGUUCAGAAAAAUAUUGAAGAAGUGAGGUCUCUUCCAAAAACAGAUCCAUUUUUCAAGAAGGUAAAAUUUCAUGGAGAGCCUCAGAAACCCCCCAUGAAUGGAUACCACAAGUUUCACCAAGAUUCCUGGUCAAGUAAGGAGCUGCAACAUUUGUCCCUGAGGGAGCGCAUGGUAGAGAUUGGCAGACGCUGGCAGCGCAUCCCGCAGAGCCAGAAGGAUCAUUAUAAGAGCCAGGCUGAGGAGCUGCAGAAGCAAUACAAAGUGAAAUUGGAUCUCUGGCUCAAGACUUUGUCACCUGAAGAUUAUGCUGCAUACAGAGAAUCGACCUAUGCUAAGGGUAAGAAUAUGGCGAUGACAGGAGGUCCGGCCCCCAACUUGAGACAAACAGAUCCGCAGUCCUCAUCAGCAAAGGGUCUGCAAGAAGGGUCUGGGGAGGGGCAGGGGCUCCAGGCUGCAGGAGCAGAUGCAUCACAGACUAUUUGGGUAAACUGUCACAUCUCCAUGGAACCAGAAGAGAACAGGAAGAAAGAUGGUGAAGAGGAAGAAAGCAGUACCUCUUUAGACUACAGUAGUGGAGAAGAAAUGGAAGUUGAUGUCUGAGGGCAGUGACUCUAGUGCAGCUUCCUCAGAGGACUUCUAACUGGGACUCCACCUGACUCAGACUCCGCCUGACUCAGACUCCAGGGUCAGGCAGAGUUUCUCCGCAAAAGCCCAUUCAUGCCAUUCGUGUCAAGGAAAAGGGACUCUCCUUCUGCCUCUUUUUACUUCUUUGCUUUUUUUUUUCUCUUUUCUGCCUUCCCCGCUCUCCUCCUCUACACAAAGUAGGAGAGGUUGGAAAGAAGCAACUUGGUGCAGCACCCUCUUACAUCAGGAUUACAAACCUGGGAGGGACUCUUUGGGGAGAAUAAAUAUAAGUUUCAGCCAAUACCAACCUUAUCCUUAAAAAACAGGCAAAUAUCAUCCCUUUCCCAGUGAAUUUUCUGCAAUUAAAACUUCUGGAAUGAAGCGAUGAUUAGGUGUAGGGUACACACUGUAUUAGACUGAAUAUUUCUGAAGCAAGAAGCUUUGCUUUACUCAUUUUUGUUCUGCUAAAGGCAGUAAGAAAGCACCCAUGAGCCUGGGACCCUGACCUUCCCUGUGGAAAUGUUUUUCAGGACUCCUGCACUUAAUCUAGGGUUGGGGAUAUUUGAUGAAAGGUGGGGUAGGUGUCUUAAGAAAAUUGUUGUACUCUUGAUAUCUCUCUCCUCCACUCCCUGAAGUAAGGAGUUGGUCACUCGCAUGCCUGGGAGUAGGCAGCAAUAUUUCUAUAUAUAUGUCUGACUCUUAGCUUUCAUUGAGACUUUUCUUUCUCAUUUCCAAAAAAAAAAAAAAUUGAAAAUACAAAAUAAAAACUUACCUAUUUCAUC